AUGUUAGCUUCUUCCCCUUCGCCCUCAUCAGCCGCGCUGCGUUCUGGCUGUUCUGGCUCCGCGCAUCCACACUAUGAGAACGCUCCACAGUUUAGUAGCCCCCGUUCUUCUCGUCUGGCCAUUGAGGAGCUCCGUUCCGCCUUGAAUCGCCAUACUGUCGAUCCUGCCUCCCCUGACGCCCCCGCUGCUACUCUCCAACAUCGGCGCGCUUCGACUUCUGUCGAUCCCUCCCUAGCCUCUGGUGCUGCAGUUGCCCCUUCAUCCCAGGGCCAGUCUGCUGCUCCUUCCACUGCCACUAUUCCUACCGCCACACCCUCUGGUUCGGUGAUUCCGCCAACUCCUUCCUCAGUCUCAAUGCCCGCUCCGACCAGUGUGACCUCCAACAAGCGCAAUAGCCUGAGUGAUCAUCAUUCGCCAAAUGCACCCACCGCCGGCCAAUCUGGCGCUGACCAGGAGGUUGAGGUGUCACAGACCAAGCGUCUGCGCCCCUCGGUGCCCGAGGCAAAGAUCCUCCCAGCACAGUACGAGUUGGCCGAUCCUCGUGACUUGGUAGUGCUGAUUUCCAGCAUGCUGAUGGAGCUGAUUCGCUUUAAUGAUAAAAUUCCCCUGCAUCAAGGCCGUUUGACCCGCUUCCACUCCCGAACACCGCCACGGAUCUCCGUGCAGGAUUACUUGCAGCGCUUAACUACCCACGCCACUCUGUCGCCCCCGAUUCUUCUCAGCAUGGUCUACUACAUUGAUCGUCUCUGUGCUCUCUACCCCGCCUUCAACGUCUCCAGUCUCACCAUUCACCGUUUCUUGAUAUCCAGUGCUACUGUCGCCAGCAAAGGUCUGAGUGAUAGUUUCUGGACUAACAAGACCUACGCUCGCGUCGGCGGUAUCGGCAUGAAUGAAUUGGCCAUGUUAGAACUCGAGUUUUUGUUCCGAGUUCAAUGGCGUAUUGUACCACAACCCGAGGUUCUGGUUGAUUAUUAUCAGAGUCUCGUAGAACGGUGCGAAGGAUUUGAGAUCGAACGCACUGGUAGUACCACGACUACUGCCGCCACAACACCUGCACCAUGA